ACCUGAUCCAUGACUCGGAUCGUGAAUUUAUGGUAUCUAUCUCUAAGAGGUCGUCCCCGAGGGGAAUCUCCUGAUUACAUCACUGCUCUUCAAUCACCCUUAAAAAAAGCCGCCGUACUGUAAUCUCGUCCAAGGGCUCCAUACCGUCCUGACCCAGAAUGAUCAAUAAAAAAUUACUCUCCAAACGAAGAUUCCUUGGCUGUCGGCUUUGGUGUGCCGGGCGAGUCAUCCUCCAUAUUGUCGAGGCCCUCCCAGUCUUCCUAUUCGGCCGCGUGUUGUCCCCCUUCCACAGCUGUCCCGAUCUGUCCACGCUACAGAUAUCAUCCCUGCCGCAUUCCCCCAACGGCGCGCUUGACGAUCCGCCCGACGGCCUCGAGGCCAAAGUCACCACCGCCCCAACCUCUCGCUCGCCCUCGCCCUCGCCCUCUACUCUCAGUCUACGCAGCGGUCCCCGAAAACUCGCAGCGACCAGGAAGCGGGUCUCCAAGAAGGCGCGCGGCGUCCUGGGUAAGGUUCGGGCCUUCCAGAGGAUCGCUGCGGCCAAGAUGGCGCAUCCCACCAUCAAGAUCGAUACCAGUGUGCAAUCAACCAAGCGGGCGCUGCCCGAGGAUAACGACGACGGGUUCGAGAUCAUAGAGGGUCCUGAGAAUGAGGACCCGGGGUUGGAAGCGCGCGAUAAUGAAUCCGUUCCUACAUUUCUGUGCCAGUCGGUCCUAGAGAUCCAUCAAAAAUUCGAAGAACUCGAAUGGAUGCAGCGGUCCCGGAUCCAUGAGGGGAUGCUAGCCAACGACCCCUCACAUCGUUGGGCGCUAGAGGGAGACCCCGAGGUCAAGGCAAGAAACCGAUAUAUUAACGUGCAGGCAUGGGCCAAUUCCCGCGUUCAUCUGCGGGUGCCGGAAGGCGAAUGCGAUUUUAUUAAUGCAUCGCCCAUCGUCUUGAAGGAUUCAGUUUCGCGCCAGGAAAGACGGUAUAUCGCGACUCAGGGUCCGAAGCUCGGCCACCUCGCCCAUUUUUGGCAGAUGGUGUUCCAUGAAAGUCAAGAUGUAGGCGUUAUUGUCAUGCUCACGCAGACCUUUGAGGCGGGCCGAGAGAAGUGCUCCCAGUACUUUCCGCUGGAUAGUGAGAACGCCUCGAUGACUCUGCGACGUGUCGAGCACGAUCCGUUCGUGAACGACGACCACCCUCAGCAACCCAACGAGGACAUUCUGGGUCAGGUCACGCUUCUCGAGACCCAAUGGGAUCCUACGGCCCGCUCGGAAACCCGCAAACUUAAGCUUACCAUCGGUGCAGAGUCGAAGGUGGUCUGGCAUUUCCUCUUCGCUGGCUGGGCGGAUUACUCCAAGCCCGAAGGCGAGGACCGCGAUGCGCUCAUCCAGCUGAUCAAAGUGUCUGGCUCUAAAUGUACCCCAGCCAACCCCCGUAUUGUGCACUGCAGUGCUGGUGUCGGCCGGACAGGCACUUUCAUUGCGCUCGACCACCUUCUGCAGGAGCUCGAGGCGGGUCAGUUACUCGAGGCGACUGAGCCCAAUCUCGACCCGGUCUUCGAGACGGUCAACCAGAUGCGCGAACAGCGAAUGAUGAUGGUUUAUAACGAAAUGCAACUGCAAUUUAUAUAUGAAGUCCUCCGGGAGCAGACCGAUGUCAAACUCGGCAAAGCCGUCGUGCCGAGCGGGCGCAAGUCGGACGAGAGGUCGACGAAGAUGGCCAGGUUGUCGACGGACAACAGCUAUCGACCAUCCUCCAAGCCCGAACUUGAACCCGCCGAAGAUCACCGGUCCACGCCGACACGGAGUUGGUCGGGCACCCCCGAGGUUUCUGACAGCGAUUGAGGCGCCGGCACCGUCCAGUCGACGGGGCCCAGAUUUCACUAUAUUACCUUUCUACGUACAUAUAACCUUCUAAUCACCUAUUGAUGUUUUUUUUUUUUCUUCUAUCUGCCAUGUCCUGUUCUUUGCCAUGACUAGCUACGAGAUCCGGCCUGCAUCUCCACCAUGCAUCCAUUCUGCCCUUUGCGCCAGCCACCCUGCAUCUUCUGUUUGCGUAUUACGACAUCGUGCCUUCAUUUUGUUCAGUGUCCGGGAUCACCGUCCGCCUUGCGCAUUGUCAUUCGCCCUCGGCGCUUUUGACUCUCUAGCAUUAGAAGUGGUGUACCAUAAUGGAUUUGUGCAUCUGCCUGGAAUGAUUAAUGAUGCAUCUGCUCGUACC